AUGGAUUUUAUCGAGGACUGUGAUCUGCAAGGCCUAAAGACGUCCGCGAAAAGAGCCGGAAGCGAUUGGAUCAUCAACGGAUCCAAGACACUGAUCACUAAUGGCUAUCUUUCAGAUUUAGCAAUUAUUGCAGCAGUCACAAAUCCUAAUGCAAAGUCUAUUGCCCAUGGAAUUAGUUUGUUCCUACUGGAUUCAGGUACUCCGGGCUACACAAAAGGCAAGAAAUUGGAGAAAAUGGGACUGAAA